AUGCGACAAUGGGUUCUGUUCUUCUUGCUUGCGAGCUUGAAGGCCAUUUCCCCGUGUCUUCUGGCGAGCAUACGUCAUCCUCACGUAUAUACGGCGCAAAUUGCAUUUCUAGGAUCUAAUUGUCGCUCUUCUGGUGACAGGAAUCAUGUAAUUAGUUCCCGGUCUCAGCGCAGUCUUUCUCAGACAACAAACGUUGGCGAGGGUGUGCCUGUGUAUGCUGUAGAUGGUUUUGCUGAUGGCAGAGGUUCACGCAGCUGUUUGGGAAACGAUGUAUGGCCUCUAUUGCGUCCAUCGUGCCUACAAGCGGUUCGUCAUAGAGCCUCGUUCCCUGGCGUAGUGGAUUAUCCUUCCUUGAAUAUAUCAAGGAAUUUUGCACUGGGAUCGUUUUUCGGAUCGGUAAACAGCGUAUUCACGGAUGCAGAAUAUGAUCAUCGUCUGGAACUUAACAAGAAAUACGAUGCUCUUACGGACGAGACUGACGAUUCCGGUCUUCCCCUUGCUCCGGCUUAUGAGGAUUACGAGGUUGACGAUUCUACACCAGCUGAAGAUGCAGAUCUAACCCGUCCUCCAUCGUCCAAAGAGGAAUGGUAUUUAAAGCGUUUAGCGCGUGGGCGUCGAUUCUGGCAUAAAUAUUUUGCUGAGCCUUCACAACAAUCUAUACGUUUCUACCGCCUUGUUAAGAUGAAACAUGAUCUGAAAUUUUGCAAUCGUGUAGUUCGUCGGGAGUAUAUCGAAUUACGUCCGGAGAUCAAGCCGCGUGAAGUGGAUGGUAAGAUUCAGCCAUUGACACGUAGGGAGCGUAAUAAGAACCGCAGCCGUAUCCAGGUUGUUCGUACAACAGUGGGCUACGAUAACUCCAGUGACGACAGUAACAUUUUAAUUCUACUUACUUUGCCUCAAGAGCGGUUGGUACGUAUGGUAGAACGUAUACGUUUGCCGCAUUUAUUGGCAUUGCGUAAUUUUGAGAUGUUGCGCCUAUUACGUCAUUCGAUGUUAUUCAUGUCGAAGCCAAACAUUUUCGAGAGCACCGUCGACUUUCUGCUGACAUUUUCUCGUCUGGAUACUUCUUAUAGUGGUGAAAUUCCACAGUUUUGUGAUUUGCCUACUAAACCAACAAAGCGGUUCCGUCCAAUGAUAUAUGCUGUCAUCGGCCGCCUGCGUACCGACCCAUUCCCUGACCAUCUACUUAAAGUUCGCAGUUCACAACCUCCUCCAAUUAGGGAUCCUUUUCCGCAUUGUGAUUCCAACAAGGAUAGUGUGUUGACCCGAUUUUUGAACGCUUGUUCAAGUUUAGUGUUAGAACGUUUACGGGGUGUUGAGUAUGAUUUUGAUGCUGUUAUGGACCGCAAUUUCUCAGAUUACUUCACUGAAAUGAUGCCUAAUUACACAACGAAGGAGAGUGUGAAUCGUAUUGACUACCCUCUUACGGUAUCAUUUUCGCGUGAAAUGUCACCGUAUUUACGUGAGCCUGUGGAGUCACCUGAAUCUUCAACGGUUUCUGCGGUUGAUCAGGAUAGUACCAUUGACAAGGAUACAGAAGUUGGUGAUACAUCUGUAUCUGAGGAUAGCAGUCCUAGUGCUCUGGUACCACGUCGUGGUUCUACAGCUCCUUGGACAUCUGAUGAGGUUAAGUUGAUGCUUAAACGUGUAUAUAAGUUAGGUUUAACCAAACCUUCUACUUUAAUAGAUCGUUUCAAACGCCUACAUUGCGAUAUUGGAUUUAGUUUUGAGGACAUUCUAUGGUUGGGUCGUACUCGUCCGCAAAUUUUCCUAUUCGGCAAUUACAAACAGCGUUGUCAGGAGAUAUAUGAUUGCGAUGAAGAUUUAACAUUUGAAGAUGUAUUAUCUAUGGUACGUCGAUAUCCCAAUUUGUUGUCUUUUAAUGUGCUGCGAAGUUUGCGACCCAAGAUAUAUUAUCUCCGUCGCAUUAUGAGACGUGAAAUCUCUGACCUUGUGGAUUUCCCGAAGUACCUUAGUUUUUCGCUAUACGAUAGGAUAAUCCCGCGUCAUAUAGCAUUGAUGAACCGUGCCUAUCGAGGGGAGUUUCUUAAGGUGUACCGGUUUUUGUUUGAGUCAGGUUUUUACAAAGGUUAUGGCCAGACUGUUACAGAUGACCGUGUUCCUGACAUAUUACCAUCUGAUCACGAUAAGUAUCUUGCGGUUUACGAGGGUUUAAGUCGUGAAGCAGACCUGCGUAGCAUGUUGGUUACAAAUGAUGACCAAUUUUUGCGGCAGUUUAAUUUAUCUUAUCGUGACUUAGUACAGGGUAAAGAAGACGCACUACGCAUACCUUUACCAACCGAUUUGCUUUAA